AUUAUGACAUAGCCUGGGCGUCAAAACCGGAACCGGAAAAGCUCUUAUGCACUUCCUUUGUUUUGUCAGAAGAGUAGAAAAAAUUAAAAUAAAAUCAGGAAGAUGGGAUCCGUAAAAAGGAUUGAGUUUUUGCUUAUUUGUUUCUUUUAUGCACGUGUAAGCUGUAGCUCUGUGGAGCAGAAGAUCUAUGUAGCCCUGAACAAUACGACUCCUUGUGUCCGGCUUCUCAAUGCUACCCAUCAGAUCGGGUGUCAGUCAUCCAUAUCUGGAGACACAGGGGUUCUCCAUGUGCUGGAGACGGACGACGACCUGGACUGGAUCACCAAAACAGGACCUCACGCUCCUUACAUGGUGCUCAUGGAUUCAUUCACCUUCACCAGAUCCUCGAUGAUGAGGCUGAAGAACUCCAGCCGGGUUGCAGGAGUUGCAGUCAUUCAUAUGAGCACACCUCCAGAUAAAGGAUUCUCUCCUCAUACGUCGUGCCCUAAUCAGAACACAGGCGUGUACACCGAGAGCUACGGCCCUGAUCUGGCCAACUGCAGCACUACAGUGUGGAACCCUCUGGGGAACGGCUUGUCCUACGAAGACUUUCCUUUCCCGAUUUUCUCUCUUGCCGAUGACAAUGAGACACAAGUCAUUCGCAAGUGUUAUGAGGACCACAACAAGCGUGUGAAUGGCAGUGCUCCUGUGUACCCACUGUGUGCCAUGCAGCUCUUCUCUCACAUGCACGCAGUCACAGACACAGUGACCUGCAUGCGACGCACAGACCUGCAGAACAGCUUCAGCAUCAACCCAGAGCAACUGUGCGAUCCUCUAAUGGACUACAACGUGUGGGCGACCAUCCGACCCAUUAACGCCACCGCCAAGGGACACAAGCAGAAUGAGAGCAUGGUCAUUGCAGCAACCAGGUUGGACGGGCGAUCGUUUUUCUAUGACCUCGCUCCAUCAGCAGAGGGAACCGUCUCUGGCAUCGUGACACUGCUGGCUGCCGCAGAGGCCCUCCGCUCGGUCACUCAAGUGGCUCCGCCCCCACGAAAUAUUUUCUUUGUCUUUUUCCAGGGGGAAACAUUUGAUUACAUCGGUAGCUCACGGAUGGUGUACGAUAUGCAGAACAAUAAAUCGGUGAUCGACUUUGACAACGUGCACUCGUUUCUGGAGAUCGGACAGGUGGGGUUGAGGAGGGAACAGAACCUGUGGAUGCAUUCGGAUCCCAUAUCUCGGAGGAAUGAAACAGUGAACGAGGAAGUUGCAUUUCUGGUGUCCAACAUCAAGUCUGCAGCCUCCAUGUCGAAUCUGACAUUGGAUGAACCGAAUGCCACGCAGGCUUUACCUCCCUCCUCCUUUCAGCGCUUCCUGAGGGUUCGGCCAAUCCCGGGAGUGGUGCUGGCAGACCAUCAGUCCUCGUUUAUCAACAAGUAUUAUGAGAGUCUGUAUGACACAGCAGAGUACCUGAAAGUAAGCUACCCUCCCAACCUGAGCCCAGAGGAGCAGCUAGAGUAUGAGACAGAGGCUGCCAAGUCUCUGACUGAAGUGGCUACUCUUGUAGCUCGCUCACUGUAUAAGCAGGCUGGAGGGGAAAACAGCGUGCUUAAGAACAUCACUGCUGAUACAAAGACAAUGGCCAAAUUGCUGUAUGGCUUUCUGGUCAAGUCCAAUAACAGCUGGUUUCGUUCCUUGCUGCCUCGUGAAAUGGUGUCCAAGGAUCGCAUCUUGGAGUCAAGCCCUCCUCAGUACUACGUCAGCCUGUCGCAGAACCAACAACCUAAGAGUGUGACCACCUUCGUGAAGUACAUUCUGGCCAAUAUGACCGGCACCGCCACCAACCUGAACCAGAGUCAGUGCCAGAAUCCGAAAGACAUUCCUGGCGAGAGCAAAGACUUGUACAUAUAUGAUUGGAUAUCCGGCCCCGCGUCAGAGAACCAUACAGCAGGGGAACCUUUUUGUGUACGUGCUCCCGUGCGCCUGGCAAAGGCUAUGUCCCCUGCAUUCGAGCUUCGCCAAUAUGGCUCCAGAGAGUACUCCACAUGGACAGAGUCACGCUGGAAGACCAUCAAAGCGCGUAUCUUUCUAGUCGCAAGUCCACAAUUACAGAUGCUGACACUAGGAGUGGGCAUAGCUGUUUUGCUGGUGUCCCUGGUGGUGACAUACUUUAUCAGCUCAAAGGCGGACAUUCUGUUUAGUUCUGCCCACGAUGCCCCAAAUACAACCUACUGAACACGCCCAGCCCACAGAAUAUCUCACAUUCGUAUACAUUCAUACAGACUUUAUUACCACUAUCCAAUCUUCCACAUUAAUUUAUAACUGGGUACCACUGUUCAGUCUCCCAUCGUUACAACUCCGUACAUAGACGUCUAUGCAUCGACCUGCCGUUGUGCAAAAGGGCCGUCUUGCAGGAAUGUUUACUCGCAUGCAGACCUUUGCUCCUCAUACAACUUUAUUCCAAGCUGGUAGAGAAAAAUGCACCAUAAUAUUUAAAGACUAACUAGACCUGGUCUGAUCUGGACACUGGACUGAACUCAACAUUUUAAGGCCAGGUUUAUUGACUGUACAGAAAAUGAGGAGUGGGCUUUAGAUGUCCAAAAUAUCUUCUGUUCCAUUUUUUUUUUUAAAAAUUGCAGAACUUUUAUUUGUGCUUACUGUACUCUGGGUUCGGCACUAAUCUGAAAGUGUUUUUUUUUUUAUGUAUAAAUAGUGCUUAUGUAGUUUGUGUGUGAGAGAAUAUUAAAGAGGCAGUUAUAAAUUUUUAGAGCUCUCUGCUGUCUAAGGAAGAUCAUUUCAAUGAAAAAUGAUUAGCCCUGUUUCCAAUCUGAUCUCACCCAGAUGUUGAAGCUGAUGAUGUGUGAAUUGUGAGUUGCCUUUUUAAGGAGAAGGAUUGCUUCAACUAGGGGAUGAGCUAAUUUCCUGGCCAGAAAGAUACUGAAACCUGAGAGAAUCAGAUCCAUUACAGUCAUUACAAUAUUGUGAAUCACAUUUUUGUAAACAACUGCAUCUUUAAUGUGUGUGUGUGUGUGUGUGUGUGUGUGUGUGUGUGUGUGGUGUGACAGAAAAUAAGGAAUGAAACAAGUCAGUUGAAUAACGACCAUUUGUGUAUCUGUAGGCAGUAUGUGCAAUAGGUGUAACAGAAUCCAUUAAACCUUCGGUGUAAGACUUUAUUAUGCAUCAUUUCCUGUCCAAUCUGAAAGACCACUACUUAACUUUUAAAGAUUGCAAGUUGAAAGACCUUUUUCUUUUCUUUUUUUUUCUGUGAGAAUGAAUGAGAGAAGAACCCUGAUGCUUUGAUUACGGAAUAAACAUGGAUAAUUUCA